AUGGCCGAUCCAGGAUUCCCAGGACAACACACCACAACAACUACUGUACAAACUACAAAUACCACUGUUCAAACCACUUUGAGAUUUGAUCCUUCUUAUUUAAGAACUAUUCCUGGUAUGUUGAAAUGUGCACAAGUGGUUAUAAAUAUUCUGGGAUUUAUAUGCAUAGAGGCCAGUGGAUAUCAUGCUGGUGCAUCCAGAGGGACUUACUUCAAUACUGUAUCAAUGACUGCUUUCUGGUUUACCGGGAUUAUCCUAGUAUUCUACUUGUUUCACCUGAUAGAAAAGUCCUAUAGAAUACCCUGGAUCAAAAUUGAGCUUGGUUUCUGUGCCAUUUGGACAUGCCUAUACCUCAUCGCCGCAUCUUUGGCCAUUUCCUUCUACAUUGAGGCUUAUGUGGCAGCAGGAUUCUUUGGAUUUUGUGGUAUGGUCUUGUAUGGUAUAGACGCUUUCCUCAAAUACAGGGCGAUGAUGAGCGGCCAACUAGCUCAGGGAGAAAGAGUGAUCAAUAAGCAAACGACAACCUUAUCCAACACCCAAUAUUAG